AUGUUGAAUCAAAUAUUGGUGAAUCUCAUGGAGAAGCAAAAUAAAGGAAUGAAAAGUGGAAAGGUAACAAAAUCUAUGGGCACUGAAGAUGAAAAAGGUUUCAGAAAUAGUAUGGAUCUUGAGAAUAUAGGUGGAAAAGAAGAGGAUGAUCAAACAAAGGCAAAGAGAAAGAGGUCAAAUAAUGAUGAGCCAAAACCAAGUAGGAUUGUGUUUGAAAAGUCCUUGGUAAAUGAGUGCCAAAUUGUCUCCAUGCUAUCAAGCAAUAGUCCUCCCCGUUUCCCUAAGGAUUUCUUAUCGAAGGGAGUAAAUUCAAAGUUCAACAAGCUCUUUGAUAAAUUUAGUACCCUAUCCAUAAAUAUUCCCCUAGUUGAGGCUUUGCAGGAUAUACCGGGUGCUAUCAUGUCAAGCACAUUGGCUAAAAAGAAGAAUGACCCCGGUGCUUCUCCAUACACCAUUGAAUUUUUCAAGUUUGUAAAAGCAUUGGGUGACCUUGGAGUAAGUGUAAACCUAAUGCCAUAUGCCAUAUUCCACAAGAUUGGAUUGGCUAAGCCACAACCUACCACAAUGAAAUUGCUCAUAGCCGACCAUUCCAUUAAGAAGCCAAUCAGAGUUCUUUAUGAUCUUCUCGUCAAAGAUGACUGGUUUAUUUUCCCUGUCGAUUUUGUGAUUUUAGAUUGUGUAAUGGAUAUUAAAGUUCCUAUAAUUCUUAGGAGGCCAUUCUUAGCCUCUGUGAAGGCUUUGGUGGAUGUAGAAUCCGAUGAGAUGAAGUUCUAG